UAAAUAAAUAGCAGAUUGGAAAACUACUAAAAAUCACAGAAACAAAUACAUGGUAGUAAAUAAAUUAGAAAAUAAAUAAUAUAGUUUGAAUUGUAAUAUUUCUGAAUUUGAAUAAUAUGGAAUAGAAUUAAGGCUUUUCUUUGAAUUUUUAAAAUAUUCAAUAAUAGCGUUUUUUGUAAUGUCAAUUAUUUCAAUUCCUUCUUUAGUAAAAAUUUUUAAUUAAAGUGAUAAUGAUCCUUAUUUUGAAAUUAGUAUAUUUUCAAAAUUCUCUUUAUCAAAUCAGCCUUUUUUAAUAUUAGAAAAUAUACCCGAAUAAUCUACUGAAUAAGAGAAAUAGUAAAUAAUUUAAAUAAAUAAGUAAUAAGCAAAUAUUUAUGUAUAGGAAUCUGUAAAAAAAUAUAAAAAAAAUAUUUAUUUUUUAUUAAAAAAGCACAUUAGAUUACUUUGGGCAGCCAUACCAGAUAUUAUUAAUUGCUUUUUCUUUUUUUUCUUUAUUUACUUUUUAAGAUUUAAAAGAAAAUAAAUUUAUAGUAAAAGAAAGCAUGCCUAACCUUCUGAUUAUGCUAUUGAAAUCACUGGUUUUCCUAAAUUUAUAAACUAAGAAUAUAUUAUUCAUGAACAUUUUUAAAAAAACCUUAAUGUUGAUGUAUUUGAAUGCUAUUUAGUUAGAAAAUACUUUUCUUUUUUAACUUUAUAUAAAUAGAAAUAAUUAAUAUAUGAUAAGAUAAAAGCCAAAAAGUAAAAAUUAAAAUAAAAGAAUGAGAAAGAAAGCUAAAAAUUAAAUAAAUUAAUAGAAAAACAGCAAAAAAUAAAAACUGAAUUAUAAAAUAAAUAUUCUUUAAUUACUAAUAAAAAAUAAAUGUUUUAAUCAAAAAAAGCAUUUCUUAUAAUUGACAAACAUUCUUAGAAAUAAAUGUUAAAAAAUGAAUAUAAAAAGCAAUGGAAUUUCUAUUUUUGUAAUAAUUAUUCAGAUAAUUUCAAAUUAUUUGGAUAAUAUCCUCUUAAGAUAAAUUUUAAACCAGAUGAACCUUCAAAUAUACUCUGGGAAAAUAUAGAAGUUUCAAAAAGUAGAAAUUUUAUUAGUACAUUAACUUCAAUAUUAUUAAUGUUUUGCACUUUUGGAAUUAUUUUAAUUGCAAAUAUAGCUUAACCAUAAAAAAAAUAUAAUUGUAAAUAAAUUUUAAAUAUGACCAAAGAAUGUUAAUGUUAGAAUUAUAGUUACUCAAAUAUAAUGGAAAAUAAUCAAAUAAAAGAAAUGUGCUAUGAUAUUCUUGUAUAAUAUUACACUGUUUAAGCUUUAAAUAUCAUUAUGGGAAUUAUUAUUUGGGUAAUUAACCUUGUAAAUUAAAUAAUUAUUAUUAAAUUAGUUAAAUUCAAUAAAUAUAAAACAGUAACUAAAGAAACUACUUUAACUUUAAUAAAAAUAUUUCUUUCUUUCUUUAUUAAUACUUCUAUUAUACCUUUAUUAUCUUAAGCCAAUAUUUUUGGUAUUAUACCUAGUAUAUAUGUAUCAUAUUUUAUACCUCCUUUAAAAUAAGUAUAAGAAGAUAAAAAAGAUUAGUUCUCAAUAGAUUUUGAUAGAAAAUGGUAUGAUUUGGUUGGUUUUAAAAUAAUAUGUACAGUUUUAAUUUCCUUAAUAGUAUCAAUUAUCAAAAAUAUACUUUUAUUGCCUAUAUUUAAAUGUUUAAAUACUCUUAAAGUCUAUUUCGUAACGAUAAAAAGUAGUCAAAAAGAAGCAAAUGAGAAAAUAAUAGACCAAAAUUUUUAUAUAAUAUUAUAUUAUGCACAAUCUUUAAAUAUAAUAUUUACAUGUUUGUUUUACUCUUCAGGUAUGCCUAUUUUAUUAUUAAUAGGUGGUUUAAAUCUUUUAGUAUAAUAUUGGUUUUGUAAAUACACAAUUUUGAGAAUUUGUAAAUAUCCUCCUAUUUAUGAUAAAAGUUUAAGUAGAAGUGUAUUUAAUAUAGUUCCUUUUGCUCUUUUUUUCCAUUUAUGUAUUGGAAUUUACAUGUAUAGUUAGCCCUAAAUAUUUCCUUAAAAUAUAGAAGACUUGAAUCUAAAUAAAGAAUAUUAAUUGGAAGAUCAAGAAAAUAAUAUUAAAAAUAGAGCAUUUAAGUUGAUUUAUUUAUUUAUUAUUCUUUUUAUUAUACUUGGCUUAGAUUUAUUGAAUAGAAUUUUUUUUAGCCCAUGGAUUUUUUCUAAGUUGUUUUUUAGAGCAAAAAAUAAUGUUUUUAAUUAUAAACCCUAUUAGGAUUUUUAUUAAAAAAUAUCUGGACAUAUGCUAUAAACUUAUAAUAUUAAAUCUAAUUUAAAAUAUAAAAGUAUUGUUUAAACGAUUGAAAAUCAUAUUAAUGGAGAUAAUUUUGAAGAAAAUUAUGAUGAACAAAAAUAAGACAAUAUUAAUUUUGAAAAUAUAAAUAUAAAUUUAUAAAAUUGA